AUGCUAACAGAAGAAAUCAUAAAUGGAAACCAUGACUAUGACAUUGAUGAGGAUGUAUUGACUCACGAUAUACUCAAGGUUUCUGAAGAAAUCAAACAGAAGCCAAAUUUCUCCGACAAGUUUGAGUUUGAUCCGGAUGUUCAUCUUGCCUUUGACGAAACACAAACCACCAAAAUACACAGAUUGCAAGAUUUGGGGAUCAAAAGAACUCAUUGUCAAACUAUCACUGACGUUGCUGUUGUUGAACCUUUUCCAUUAUUUACUGAAGAUGCCAUUGAAAUCAUGAAAUGGGAGCUCUUUCUGAACCCUGAUAUAAUUCGUGAGUAUGGUAGGCGUGUAAAUCUAGCCGUGGGCUCAAGUUCGAAAGACUUUCAAGUUUCUGGUUUUGCAGACAAUACUCCGUUUAUCAAGGCAGCGAUCUCUCACCCCAGAACCAUUCAAAUUAUGAGCAAACUCGCCGGCUUGCCGUUGAAGAUACCUCAUGUCUACAGCAUGGCUCACAUUAAUGCUUCGUUAAAAGAGUGUAGAAACGAAACGUCCGUAAAAACCGAUGAAGACUUAAGAGAAAAGUUGAGGGAACAGAAUACCAAUGCUGAUAAUAUUCCUAGCUCUGUGUCCUGGCACUACGAUAGUACCCCCUUGGUGUGCGUGUUGAUGCUCGAAGCGCCUUCAAAUAUGAUUGGAGGUGAAACAUGUCUAAGAAUGGGAAACGAAGAAAUCUUUAGAGUCGACGGUCCCCGUAAAGGUCACGCUACCUUACUUCAAGGAAGAGUCGUUAAGCAUAUUGCAACCAAACCCUUGAAUAACGCAGACAGAAUAUCACUUGUUGUGUCAUUUAUACCAGAAGAAGUGGACACACCAGAUACAACUGUAGCGGUUUCAGAGAGUCCAUCGGCAACUCCUUCGUUCUUAAACGACAAGUUCUACCCCAAUUAUGUCAACUACAAGUUUGAGAGAAUCGAGCAAAGACUCCGAAAGUUCAGAAUCAACCUUAUGGAAAACUAUGAGAAAAAGGAAAAGUUUGAUCAAGUCCAAACCAUCGAUUUCUGCAAAGAUAUUGAAAAGUACUUGUUUGGUGUUUAUAAGGAUUUUGAGGCUAUCAGCGAUGCUCCCUAUCCCCCCAAGUUAUUUUCGACACCAUAUUCUCAACUUUGA